GCGUGCAUGCGCGAGCCACUGGAUAGUUUCCCAAAGUCCCGAUUCAGAGGUUAGCGGUGCGCGGUUUCCCCCACCCUGAGGGCGAACAGAUGAUGGCAUGGCUUUGAAGAGUGGUCCAGGGGACAGCAUGAGGGCCCAGCUCUCCUGCCUUGGCCUGGUGCUGCUCCACCUCCUCCAGAGCUGGGGCCAGCUCCUGCAGUCUAGGAUACCUCCGUCCACCUUUCAGUUCACAGACACCACCUACAAUGCCACCAUUUACGAGAACUCUGCAGCCAGGUCGUACGUCAGCAGCGAGGUGAAGAUGGGGAUCUCUGUGGCAGGCCGGCGCACCAUAGAUAUCAUGUACUCCAUUGAGUCCGGGGACGGCGAGGGGCUCUUCCAGGCCGAGGAUUAUAUCCUGGGGGACUUCUGCUUCCUCCGGAUACGGACUAACGGUGGAAGCGCUGCCAUUUUGAAUCGUGAGGUUCAGGAUAAUUAUACUUUAAGUGUGAGAGCCACCAGUAAGGGUGGCCUGGAGGCGUUUGCUAAAGUUAACGUGGAAGUUCUGGACAUGAAUGACCUCCGACCUUUGUUCUCACCCACCUCCUACUCUAUCGUUGUUUCUGAGAGUACCCCUCUGGGUGCCAGCGUCGCCCAGGUGACCGCCACCGAUGCUGAUACGGGUUCUAACGGAGAGUUCUACUACUUCUUUAAAGAGCGAGUAGAAAUAUUUGCAGUUCACCCAACCAGCGGUAUUAUUUCCCUCAUUGCCAGACCUGAUGCUGACUCGCAAAGUAGAUAUGAACUUGAGAUACUGGCUGUUGACAGGGGGAUGAAGGUGUAUGGAAACAACGGGGUGAGCAGCACAGCCAAAGUAGUCAUCACAGUGGAACGGGUCAAUGCGUUUGCACCACUUCUGAAUGCAGUUGCGCUUACCCCAUCUUGGGCAGAUAAGGAACCAAUAUAUGCGGUAAUCACAGUGGAAGAUUUGGAUGACGGAUUGAAUGGAGAUAUAGAAUGGGUUUCCAUAAUAGAGGGAGACCCCCUGGAACAGUUUGUUAUUGAUCGAUCUGCUGUUGGUAAUGAAUACAGGAUUAAGAUGUCUGAAUCAGUAGCGUGGGAUAGAUUUCCAUACGGUUGCAAUCUCACACUCCAAUCGAAGGAUCGAGGGGCGCCGCCCAAGUACUCCAACGUGCAGACUAUUCAGCUGUUGAUUGAGAAGCCACAGUCUGUCCAGGUCAGGUUUGAAAAAGACGUUUAUAGUGUGACACUGAAUGAGAUCUCCCCACCUGGGACCAUUGUUGAGACGGUGAGGAUUAUUCCUCAACCCAAAAGUGCGAGCUACAGCCUGACAUACACAUCAGAGUCGGAUUAUUUUAUCAUUAACAGCCGAACAGCCGUGAUCACCACUUCGAGGAGAUUCACCACGCUGGUCCAAGAUGCGUUUGAACUUGAGGUGAUGGAGGCUCGUUCAGAGUUGAAAGUAAAAGUGCAGGUUAGCAUACAGGAUGCUAAUGACAACACUCCCAUAUUCGCAAGGGCAUCGUAUGAUAUGGCCAUCAAUGAGAGUUUGCCAGAGGGGACUGUAAUACAAGUGAUAUCUGCCACAGAUACUGACGCAGGCGAGAAUGGAUGCUUAACGCACAGUUUGGCAGGCGUCCUGCCAUUACCUUUUAGCAUCGACCAGAACACGGGUGAACUGAGGAUAACGCAAGAGCUUGACUUUGAGACUUCUGCAGAGACGUUCAGAUUCGCGGUCAGGGCAUCAGACUGGGGCUCUCCGUACAGGUGGGAAAAUGAGGUCAAUGUCACAGUGCGCUUGCUGAACAUCAAUGACAAUCCACCUCUGUUUGAGAGCGUGGCAUGCAAAGGGGUGAUCGGACGGGAUUUCCCUGUGGGGCAGACUGUCAUGACCGUGUCAGCCGUGGACAUGGAUGAGCUGGAGAUGGUCAAGUAUAAGAUAAUGUCAGGUAAUGAGCAGGAUUUAUUUAACCUAAACCCAGACUCGGGAAUUCUCUCCUUACGCCGGUCACUUAUGUCAGCUGCUGUAGGAAGUGGACAGUUCUCCUUGGUUGUCGUGGCGACAGAUGGAGAGCUCUUUUCAGAGCCCACCUAUGUGAAUAUCUCUGUCGUGAGGGGGAGUGCUCCAUCUAGAAAGUUCAGCUGCAUAGACACAAAGAUUGCUCAGAUAUUAGCUGAGACGCUCCUCAAAAAAGCCAGCGCCAUGAACAAGCGCAGGAUGGACGAUAGCUACACAGACAUCUUCUCCAUCAACAGGCAGUCCCCACAAUUUGAGACGUUUCCCUCCGAUAUCUUAGUGCGUGAGGACCUACCCACUGGAGCCAGUGUGUUUAAAGUCAAAGCACAAGAUGGUGACACAGGCUUUAAUGGGCGUAUUAUGUAUGCAAUAUCCAGUGGGAAUAUUGACAGUUGCUUUAAUAUUGACAUUGAAAGUGGUUUAAUAACCAUUUACCAGCCGUUAGACCGUGAAAAAAAUGACCGGUAUCUUCUUAAUAUAACUAUAUAUGAUUUAGGCCUUACUCCGCGGGCCAGCUGGAGGCUGCUGACCGUAAACAUUGAGGAUGUGAAUGACAAUAGUCCACAGUUCCUACAGGAUAGCUACACUGUGAGGAUCCCAGAGAACAGAGCCAUCGGCGGUCAGGUGGCUCAGGUGACGGCUGUGGACAGUGACUUAGGUUCGAACGGAGAAGUGUUCUACACCUUACUCACCAGUGCCCCUCAGUUUGGCAUCAACAGAGAGAGUGGCGCCGUUUAUGUGACAGCAAAACUGGAUCGGGAGACUGUCUCUGACUUUGCUCUGAAGGUCGAGGCAAGAGAUAAAGCCGAGAAGGGCAACCAGAUGUUCUCUGUCACGACUCUGCGGAUCUUCCUGGAUGACGUAAACGACUGUGCCCCAGUGUUUAUUCCUAGUAGUUACAGCUGCCGGGUUCUGGAGGAUCUUCCCAUGGGCGCUGUGAUUGCCUGGAUACAGACGCAGGACCGAGACCUUGGCCCGGGAGGGGCAGUGAAGUACUCCUUGACCAACGACUUCUUGGGGACGUUUGAGGUUCACCCCGAAAGCGGGGCAGUUAGGGUGGCGAAGGAUCUGGAUUACGAGACGCAACAGUUCUACAACCUCACGGUGGUGGCAGAAGAUGGAGGCUCACCGGAUAAGCUCCAGUCUGUGUCUUACGUAGAGGUGGAGGUGGUGGAUGUCAAUGAGAAUCUAUUUGAGCCUUACUUCACAGACUUCGUCCUCAGAGGAUUUGUUAAGGAGAACUCACGCCUUGGCUCAAGCGUGAUGCAGGUGUCAGCCCAGGACGAUGACAAAGGUCGAGAUGGAGUCAUCAGAUACUCCAUAAAAGCAGGGAGUGGCCUUGGAAGAUUCUCCAUUGAUGAGGAGACAGGCAUCAUCUAUACAACUGGUAUGCUGGACUGUGAGACCCAGGACUCGUACUGGCUGACGGUGUAUGCCACGGACAGGGGCGUGGUUCCCCUCUUCACCUCCAUCGAGGUCUUCAUCCAGGUGGAGGACGUCAACGACAAUGCUCCGUUGACCUCUGACCCCAUCUACCACCCGUACAUUCCGGAGAAUUCUCCCAAAGACGUGUCAAUCAUUCAGAUCCAGGCCGAGGACCCGGACGCCACGGCGGUCAACAGUCGCUUAUCCUACAGGAUAACGGCAGGGAAUCCACAGAACUUCUUUACCAUUGGUCAGAAAACAGGACUUAUCACAACCACAUCAAGGAAGCUGGACCGUGAACAGCAGGCAGAGCACUUCCUGGAGGUGACCGUCAUGGAUGGGAGUGGUACCUCGAGACAGGCCACUGUGUGGGUGAUAGUUCACAUUCAGGAUGAGAAUGACAACCAGCCUGAGUUCCCAGAGACCGUGUACCGCAUCAGCGUCCCAGAAAGGGGGCGCAGCAAGAGGGGGUACCCCAUCUACCGAGUGUUUGCCUACGACAGGGACGAGGGGGCCAACGCUGACCUGACCUACAGCAUCGUCGACGGCAACCAGGACGGCAAGUUCUUCAUCGACCCCAAGACAGCCAUGGUGUCCUCCAGGAAGAUGCUCACCGCGGGCAGCUAUGACAUCCUCACGAUAAAGGCGGUAGACAAUGGCAAUCCCCAGAAGGGGUCCACAACACGCCUCCAGAUCGAGUGGAUCCGUAAGCCCCUCCCAUCGACGUCUCCCCUGUUAUUUACAGCACCUUACUUCAACUUCACCGUCCUUGAAAACGCAAAGGUGUCUGAGAGCGUGGGGGUGGUCUCCGUUCACCAGAACACCAUACCGCUGUGGUUUGAUAUCUCCGAUGAUCGCACAUCACAAGACAUGCGCACAUGCGCUAACUGCUCCAUUGAAACAGGAAGUUAUGAUGGCCCGUUUGACAUUAAAAGAGGAAUGGGAACCCUGGUCAUAGCGAGGCCUUUAGACGCAGAGGCCCAGUCCCUCUACAGCAUGACUAUACUGGUUACAGAUGGAACGAACACCGCAACCACUCAGGUGUUCAUCACGGUCCUGGACAGCAACGACAACACUCCAGUCUUCUCCCAGCCUACGUAUGACAUCAUCGUCUCUGAAGACACCCCAGCAGACACAGAGGUCUUAAGAGUCUCGGCCACAGACCUGGACAAAAGAGCCAAGCUGAGCUACUCUAUCCAUGGCAGUGUGGAUCCGGCCAGCAUGAGGAUGUUCCAGAUCAACCCCGGCACCGGUGCUGUCUACACAGCCGACCGAUUGGACUUUGAAGCCCGCACUCAACAUAUCCUCACCAUCAUGGUGAAGGAUCAGGAGUUUCCAUACUACAGAGACCUGGCUAGAAUCUUUGUGGUUGUGGAGGACGCCAACGAUCAGACCCCUUACUUCACAAGCACAGUGUAUGAUGGGGUGGUGUUUGAAUCUGCUGCAGUUGGGACGGCCGUCCUGCAGGUAACUGCACUUGACAAAGACAGUGGGAGAAAUGGAGAACUUAUCUACUCAAUUGAAGCAGGAAAUACAGGGGGUGCGUUUAGCAUUGAUGCGCUCACCGGAGUCAUAUGUGUGGCCAGGGAGUUGGACCUCACCUCAGUAGGAUAUUAUGUCAUCACGGUGCGAGUGACGGACGGUGGCAUCCCACCCCUCAGCACCACCGCCACAGUCAGGAUCGGCGUCUCUCUCUCUGUCGUCUCCAGGCCCAAGUUUACCCAGCAAGAGUACCAGGCCGAGAUCAUUGAGAACGUAGCUGUGGGCACCUUCGUCACCACCAUCACUGCGAUUAGCCGAACAGCAGUCAACUACGACAUCGUCCAGGGCAAUAACGAGAGAAGGUUUGCGAUCAACCGCUACACAGGGGUCAUCACGACUCAGAGGUCGCUGGACUUUGAGGCCUCGGCCUUCUACACUCUUGUCAUAGAGGCUGUCAACAUGGCAGGGGUUGCCUCCAAUACCACUGUCACCACGCAGAUAGUGGAUGACAAUGACAACUCGCCAGUAUUCUGGCAGCUGAGAUACACAGGGACUAUCAGCGAGGCUGCACCCAUUAAUAGCGUGGUGUUGAGCGAGAAUGGUAGCCCGCUGGUAAUCCAGGCCAUGGAUGCAGACCGGAACCAGAACGCCCUCCUGGUUUUCGAGAUCAUCGAGGAUACGGCCAAAUCGUUCUUCACCGUGGAUUCUGGAACAGGAUCAGUCAGGACCAUCGCCAACUUAGACUACGAGACGUCUUCGGAGUUUUACUUCCGGGUUCAUGUGAGGGACAGCGGGAAGCCUCAGCUGACUGCGGAGAGGCCAGCAGAGGUCAUCAUUAAGGUCACAAACACAAAUGACUCUCCUCCUAAGUUUUCCCAGGAGGCCUACGAUGCCGUCCUGCUCCUUCGUACCUACGCUGGAGUUGAAAUUCUAAGGGUGGAGGCCUCUGACCCUGACCUCAUUGGACAGGGUGAUAUGAUCUACUCACUGGCUGACAGCGGCAUGGAACAGUUCACCAUGGAUGCAUCCACCGGAGUGCUCUCUGUGAAAAACAGCAGUCUCUCCAAGGACCGCUACCGCUUCAAUGUGAAGGUUUCUGAUGGGCGCUUCUUCAGUACAGCACUGGUGACAGUGGUCGUAAGGGAAGCCAUGGACAGCGGAUUGGUUAUCAGCCAGCCAUUCUUCGUGUCCUCCAUUCUGGAGAACAAUCCAAAUGUCACUACUGUCGCUGUGGUCAACGCUGUUGGCAGCCGCCUGAACGAGCCCCUCAAGUACACCCUCCUGAACGCUGGGGUCCUCUUCGCCAUCAGAGCCACAUCAGGGGUCAUUCAGACCACAGGGGUCCCGUUUGACCGUGAGAAACAGGAGUCCUACGACUUGGUGGUGGAGGCUAGCAGGGAGUAUGACCGCUUGAGGGUGGUUAGGGUGACUGUGAGCGUGCAGGUGGAGGACGUUAACGACAACGCCCCAGAGUUCAUCGGCUUGCCCUACUAUGCAACUGUGCAGGUGGAUGCCGAGCCUGGUUCAUCGAUUUUCAAGGUGUCCGCCAUAGACUGUGAUAAAGGGGUCAAUGGAGAGGUGUUCUACACACUGAAAGAGGAGCACAGGAACUUUGAGGUCAACCGCCUUACUGGUGAGCUCCUCCUGAAAAGGACCUUUGAUGUUGACCUGUCCAAUGUUGAGUACAAGGUGGUUGUCUUUGCCUGGGACAGAGGCUAUCCAUCACUCUUUACUGCUGUCGACGUACCAGUGACAGUAGUCAACAAGGCCAUGCCAGUCUUUGAGAAACCCUUUUAUGGGAUAUCGGUCCUAGAAGAUAUCGCUGUGCUGACACCGAUUCUCAGCAUCAAUGCCACCAGCCCAGAAGGUCAGAACAUCAUAUACACCAUUGUGGAGGGUGACCCCUUCCUGCAGUUUGACAUCGGCUUUGACAGCGGGGUCAUCAGUGUUGUUUACCCUUUAGAUUAUGAGGUCACCCCCUACUACCGCCUGACAGUGCGGUCCACAGACACUGUUACGGGGGCGAGGUCAGAGGUUGAUGUCGACAUUGCUGUGCUAGAUGUUAACGAUAACGCUCCUGUCUUUGAGAAGUCCUCUUACACUGCCACGCUUGCUGAGAACUCAAUGAUCAGUUCAGCCGUACUGCAGAUCCUGGCCACUGACAAAGACUCAGAGAAGAACAACUUGAUCCGCUACCAGAUUUUGUCAGAUGCGUUCAACAGCACCGAGUACUUCAUUGUCGACGGCAGCACUGGGCUUGUCCUGACUACCCGCAUGCUUGACUAUGAGCAAACACAGCGCUAUAGUUUCAUUGUAAGGGCAACAGACACUGGGGACCCUGCACAAAGCAGUGAGGUUUCUGUCACCGUCCUGAUCGUUGACACCAACGACAAUCCUCCGGCAUUUAAUCAACCACUCUACAACGCCUUUGUGAGUGAACUUGCUCCAAGGGGCCACUUUGUGAGCUGUGUCCAAGCGUCGGAUUCGGACAGCUCAGAUGCGGACCGGCUGAGAUACAGCAUCCUUUCUGGAGAUGACAGGAUGAACUUCUUCAUGGGCGCUGAGACGGGAAUUAUCACCCUGUCCAAUCAGCGAAGGCAAGGCAUGAAACCCCUCUACAGUCUGAACGUGUCCGUGUCUGACGGUGUGUUCACGAGCACCGCGCAGGUGAACGUCCGCGUUCUAGGGGCGAAUCUGUACAGCCCGGUGUUUAGCCAGAGGUUCUACCUGGCAGAGGUGAGGGAAAAUGCCCCUGCCGGUUCUAGAGUCAUACAGGUGAGAGCCACAGACGAGGACUCUGGGCUGUUUGGGCAGAUUGUGUACUCAUUCAUCAACGACAUCGGGAAGACUCAGUUCAGCAUAGCUGCGGAUGGUGUGAUCACCACAUCACAAAAGCUCGACAGAGAGAGCCCAGCGAACAGAGACAUAGUACUUACCGUCAUGGCGUUAGACGGAGGAGGUCGAGCAUCCUUCUGCACGGUGCGAGUGAUGCUCGCAGAUGAAAAUGACAACGCCCCACGCUUCCGUGCUGUGGAGUACAGAGUGAGCAUUAAAGCCAACGCCCCCAUGGGCUCGCUGGUCACUCAGAUCCAGGCCCAGGACCUAGACGUGGGGAACAACGGCCGGGUGACCUACUCCCUUUACAGUGAAGCCAGGCUUCCUCUUGUGGACGUUCUAGAGAUAGAACCAGACAGCGGCUGGAUGGUGACCAAGGGCAGCGUGGCUCACCUCAGAGGAACAGUCUUGUCAUUCUUUGUUAAAGCCACAGACGGAGGAACCCCAGCCAAACACUCCCUUGUGUCUGCCUUCAUCCAUGUGCUCCCUCCUGAGGCAACUAUCCCGUCCUUCACCCAGCCGCAGUACUCGUUCACGGUGCCGGAGGACACGCCCGCAGGAACGGUGCUGGGUUCUGUCUACCUGAGCCUUGGCCAAACUGGAACAUUCGCCGUGGUGAACGGAGAAACCGUGGAGAGCAACCUCGGGGGCACGUUUCUGGUCGAACGGGAAACAGGACUCAUCCGGUUGGUGAAGGCGCUGGAUUACGAGGCCGUCAGCAACUUCCGCAUCAAAGUAUCGGCCACCAUGAGGCAGGACUUUGUCGAGUCCAUCACCGUGGUGGACGUGGAGGUGAAAGUGCUGGACAUAAACGACAACAAGCCCACCUUUGAGACGAACUCGUACGUGGCCAUGGUCAUGGAGGGCAUGCCCAUCGGCACCAGGGUGAUACAGGUGAGGGCUCUGGAUCCAGACUGGGGGUCCAAUGGACAGGUCACCUACAGCCUUGGGACAUCUGUCGACCAGACAAUGGUCACGUCUAGUGCAGCCACCGACUUGAUGUUUGCCAUUGACAGUAAGACAGGGUGGAUCACUACCCUUGGAGUGACGGACCAUGAGAGGUCCCCCUCUUACACCUUCAGCAUCGUGGCCUCUGACCUCGGGGAGGUGGUGUCACUAUCCUCCACAGCCGUUGUCAGCGUUACUGUUGCUGAUGUGAAUGACAACCCGCCCACGUUUGAGAGGGACUACUACAGGGGUGCGGUGAGGGAGAGCGACCCACCAGGUGAGGUUGUGGCCGUCCUUUCCACCAGAGAUGGAGACACCUCGGACCAGAACCGCCUUGUCAGCUUCCACAUCGCAGGAGGGAAUCCUAAAGGAGCCUUUGCACUCACCCCAGUGCAGGGGGAGUGGAAGGUGUUUGUGAAGCGGCCCCUUGACCGCGAGGAGCAGGACCUGUACAUCCUGAACAUCACAGCCAGCGACGGCCUCUUCAUGACCACCGUAGGAGUGGAGGUCACAAUCAUGGAUGCCAAUGACAACAGUCCUGUGUGUGAGAAGGAUGUGUAUGAGAGCUCGUUCCCUGAAGACGUGCCCGUCAACAAAGGCAUCCUCACCCUGGUCGCCGCAGACAGUGAUGUUGGGACCAACGCAGACAUCCAGUACUCACUCUUUGGUAUAGGAGUGGAAGACUUCUUCAUGGAUGCGAGCACAGGUGAGUUGAAGACUGCCAGUGCCCUUGACCGGGAGAGGACCCCGGUCUAUAAGCUGAUAGCCCAGGCUACAGACGGAGGGGGCCUGUUCUGUCGUUCCGAGAUCUCCCUGACCGUACUGGACGUGAAUGACAACCCGCCCUCGUUCGCCUUCACUCAGUACCUGGCCAGUGUCUUUGAGAACGCCUCUCCCAAAGCCCUCGUCACUCGGCUGCAGGCCAACGACCUUGACGAAGGUGAGAACAGGCAGGUGGUGUACUCUCUGGUUGACUCUGCUGACGGUGCGUUCUCCAUUGACGCCUCCUCUGGUGUCAUCGUCCUGGAGAAGUCUCUGGACAGAGAGCUGCUGGACACGUAUAAGAUCAGAGUGCAGGCGUCCGACCGUGGCGCUGCUGACGGAUCACUGUCCUCUGUGGUGGACCUAACCGUCAUGGUGCUGGACGUAAACGACAACCCGCCUGUCUUCCAGAAGCCGGACUACGCCAUCACCAUUCCGGAAGACGUUGCCGUGGGCGCUGAGGUGUUGCGAGUGUUUGCCACAAGCGAUGACGUUGGAGCCAAUGGCGAGAUCUAUUACAGCAUUGGCUCUGGAAAUGAGCAGGGGAAGUUUGCUAUCGAUACAGCGAAAGGCACCAUCACCAUAGCCGAUGACCUUGACUUUGAGGUGUCCAAGGAUUACUUCCUGAAAGUGGAGGCCUGGGACGGCGAGCCCGCCCUGAGCACCACCGCCAUGGUAACCAUCGAGCUGAUGGACGUGAACGAUAACGCUCCCUCCUUCAGCGAAGACAUCUACAACGCGCUGGUCAGCGAGGACGCCAAGAUCGGGGAGACUGUGAUCAGGUUGAUGGCUGAGGACAUGGACAGCCAGGUGAAUGGACGCAUUACUUACUCCAUUCUCAGGGGCGACCGGAGAAAUCAGUUCUGGAUUGACCCCAUGACAGGACUACUCAAAGUCAACAAGGAGCUGGACAGAGAGACGGUCUCCAGCUACUCGCUGGCUGUGCAGGCGUUUGACAGCGGCUCGCCGGCCAUGUCCUCCACCGUCACCAUCAACGUGGACAUUUCUGACGUGAAUGACAACCCUCCCGUCUUCUCCGCUGCCAAUGCCACCGCUGUCAUCCAGUUAGACCAGGCAGCAGGCACCACUAUCCUGAAGCUGAUGGUAACUGAUAAGGACUCUACUCGUAGGCCCCCGUUUGAGUUCAGCAUCCUCUCGGGCAAUGAGGACAGAGCCUUCACCAUUGACCAAUCAGGGGAGCUCCGUUCCAGCCGUGUGAUUGGUCCAGAGGCCACCAGAGAGUACACCCUGGAAGUUCAAGCGAGUGACUCGGGGAAGCCCCCUCUCUCGUCCACCUCCUUCGUGUUUGUGCGCGCCAUCGGGGACAGCCUGUUCAAGCCCGUGACCAACCCCCUGGACAUCAGGGUGGUCAUACCCACGGACGCCUUCCCUGGUGGCGUGAUCGGCCGCAUCUUCGCCAGCGACCGUGACGUGAACGACGUCCUUUCCUUCACGCAGAGGCUGCGGCCCAAGAGCCUGUUCAAGAUCAACCGGCAGGACGGCAAGAUUGUGGCGCUUGCCGGUCUCGAGCCUGGCCGCUACUUCCUCAACGCCACCGUGAGCGACGGCCGCUUCUCCGUGACGGCCGACGUGGGCGUGCUGGUGGAGCAGGCCACGGACGAGAGCGUGCAGGCGGCCGCCACCCUGCGCUUCCAGGACGUCAGCCCCGAGGACUUUGUGGGUCUCCAUCUGCAGAAGAUGAGGGCCAUGCUGCAGCCCCUGGUCGGGUCAGGGUCUUCUACCACCACCGUCGCCGGCGCCGGCAAUGACCCCCAGGGCCAGGACCCUGUGCACGUGCUGAGCGUCCAGCCGGUGGGUCGGGGGGCCCUGCUGGAGGUCUUGCUGGCGGUGGAGACCCCGGACGGGGGCUUCUACAGCCCCAGUGAGCUGGCCCUCCGGCUGCGGGACGUGGAGGAGUCGCGGGGCCUGGCUAAGCUGGUGGCCGUGCUGGACCAGAGCUGCUCGGGGGGCCUGGAGUGCACGGGGGAUCAGGUGUGUGAGCAGAGCCUGACGCUGGACCCCAGCUCGCUGGUCACCUACAGCACUGCCAGUGUCAGUCUGGUGUCCCCGCGCUUCAGCAGGACAGAGAGCUGCACCUGCCCAGGAGGUGCGUGUCCCGUCCCUCUGGAGCUGUGAGGGCAGGCCUGUCCUCCAGACAUGCAGUGUGUGCGCACUGGUCCCACAGCGCCCUCUGUCUGUCAGUGUCAGCCUGGCAGCCUGGAGCAGUGUGCAGGUCAGACCUCCUUGAGCUUCGCAGGCAACAGCUACAUUAAGUACCGCGUGACUGACAGCAGCAGGGCGGGAGACAUGAAGCUGAGCUUGAGGAUCAGGACCCUGCAGAGCAGAGGGGUCAUCAUGUACACACGCGCAGACCCCUGCACCAUGCUCAAGAUCGAGGAGGGCCGCCUGUGUUUCCAGCUGGACUGUGACAACAGCGUGGGCAUGCUGGGCAUCUCCGGCCGGCCCGUCAACGACGGCCGCUGGCACGCCGUCACGCUGGAGCUGAUGCAGAACUCCACGCUGCUCUCGCUGGACGACAGCUACGUGGAGAGCCGCCGGGCCAGCCGCGCCCCCGUGCGCAUCGGGCUUCUCGCCACCGACGGAACGCUCUUCUUCGGGGCACAGGUGAGAGAGGAACCGGUGCGUCCCCCGGCACUGCGUCUGAAGAGGCCCCCCCGCGCCCAGGAUGGCUUCCAGGGGUGCCUGGGGGGGGUGAUGCUGAACGGCAACGAGCUGCCCCUGCAGAACCAGCGCAGUCGCUACGCCCAGGUGGCCGCCGUCAGCGAGGUCAAGCUGGGCUGCAUCCUCUACCCCGACCCCUGUGCCACGCAGCCCUGCCUCAAUAUGGCCCUCUGCAGCAGCUUGCCAUCUGGAGCGUUCGAGUGCAGCUGCGGAGCGCAGUACACGGGCGAGCGCUGCGAGACGGAGGUCACCUCCUGCAUGCCCAACCCCUGCCAGAACGGAGGAGACUGCAAGGCGGUGGGCACCGCAUUCCUCUGCGGCUGUCCCAAAGGAUUGGGCGGCCUCCUGUGUGAUGAGGACGUGAAUGAGUGUGAGCGAGAGGAGUGUGAGAACGGCGGCGCCUGUGUCAACACCUUUGGCACAUUCUACUGCAACUGCACAGCGGGCUACGAGGGCCAGUUCUGCGGGUUGCUGUCGACCGAGCUGCCUGACACAGAGGUGCAGCCGCUCACGUACGUGGGUCCUGUGGAGAUAAUUGGCAUCGGUGUGCUGCUGUUUGUGGUGCUCGUGCUGCUCACGCUGCUGGCCAUCUUCCGGAAACAGAUUCUACGCAAGGACUGGACCCGGGCCGAGGCCGUGGGCAUGUCCACGGAGACCAACUACAUGCUGCACAAGACGGGCUCUGGGGCCGAGGGCAUCGAGUUCAAGGCCGUUCGAGUUGCCGCCGGUGCAUCCGUGGGUCACCAGGGCCAACGCUCGGGGGGUCUCUACCGAAACGAGGGGCCGCCGCAGGUCCUGGUGCGUCCCACAGCCUACACAAUGCCCCACUGCCAGGAUGACGGGCAGGGGAGCCUCGACCUGGACAAGACAGAGUCGUCCUCGACAGGCACGCUCGGAAUGGCCACGCCGGCCUGCCCGCCGCUCAUCAGCCGUUUCCAGGCCGACGCCAUGCCACACUUCCUGGACAGCAUGGCCCGCAGGGGCGUGGCCGUGUGCAGCGUGGCGCCACACCUCCCCUCCAUCCUGCCUGGCCACUCGGAGCGCAGCCCCGCUCACAAAGCUCCCUGGGAAAUGGAUGAUGAUGAUGAGGAGGAGGACGCAGACAUUGAGGAGGGGAAUUAUGAAGAUGACAGGACAGAGUACAGCCAGGAGAGCGGGUCUUUGGAGUGGGAACACAGUCCCUACCGCAGCGAGAGCAGAGCCAGUGGAGCCAGUGGAGCCAGACCACGUGAGGUGACGAACUUGGUGGAGGAGGUGACACGUUUCUCGGAUAACAAUUCUGAGGCAAACUCUCUUCGAUCUUUCCAGUCGGACUCCUGUGAUGAUAAUGCUUCCAUUGUAACUGUCAUACGACUGGUGAAUGACACAAUGGACUCCAUUGAGAAUGAAGUGGCCUCUUUUGGGGAGAUGCAGAGCUAUGGCAUGGAUGCUCAUCAACAGCUUCAGCGUGAGAAUCAGUUUUGUGUUGAGUUCGUCAAAGAAUAUUUUGUGGAUUCGUUAAGAAUGAUGAUGCUUAUGGUGAUGACGGUGAUGAUGAAGUCUGUGUGUUUGUGUGUGCCCUCCUUAGCGUACGACUGGGAGACGUCGGAGUGGGUGCCAGACCCGUGUUUGCCCAGCAUUGAGAUGCCCCCUCAGUUCCGGCCCGCGCUCCCGCCUCCCAGGCCUCUGGGCCAGGCGGGACAUCUCCCCAGAGAUUUCCCUCUGAGGGCGUACAAUGACGACGUCAUGGACUACCACACGUCCUCCCACGACCUGGAGGAGUGCUCGUCGCCCGUCUAUGAGGAGUACGGGGACCAGGACCUUUACGACACGCUGCCUGCAGCCCGGCCACUCUACCCAGGCGGGUACUCGGGCGGCUACCUGGGCGGAUACCCAGGCGAGAGCAGGGCCAGCCCAGCCUGCUACCUGACUGGCUCCCUGUACCUGCCCCCACUGCGAGCCUGGGACGAGAGACCACACAGCUGGGCGCCGGAAGUCCCCCCGAUGCGGGCGGGAAGCCUGCGCGACGUCGGGACGCUGUUGGACCGGGCCUCGCCAUCCAUGCCCCGCCGGAUGCCUAGCAGCCUGCGGGCCCCUCAGGGCUCUGCCAGGGACCUGUCACAGUACGGACAUAGAUACUAA